CCAAUCGUCUCACAGCGGGGGUGGAGCUUAGGAGCUAGUUCUAGUCAAGUUAGUUGGGCCUCGCGAACGGUGACAAAACAGUUGCGCGUUCUUCCUCAUUCAGUCGGUUACUGGUUGUCUCGCCGAGAACAGGUUAAUCGCAGUCAUGAGAAAAGACCCAAACAAGCCGAGAGGAAAAACCUCCUCCUACGCCUUCUUUGUGGCGACCUGCCGGGAGGAGCACAAGAAGAAACACCCAGGAACCAGCGUCAGCUUCUCUGAGUUCUCCAAGAAAUGCUCCGAGAGAUGGAAGAGCAUGACUCCUAAGGAGAAGGGGAAGUUUGAGGAAAUGGCCAAGAGCGAUAAGGCCAGAUACGACAGAGAGAUGAAGUCCUACAUCCCUCCUAAAGGCGCCAAGAAGGGCAAGAAGAAGAAGGACCCCAAUGCCCCCAAGAGGCCCCCCUCCGCGUUCUUCGUGUUUUGCUCGGACCACCGCUCCAGGAUCAAGGAGGAGAACCCCGGGAUCUCCAUCGGCGACAUCGCCAAGAAGCUGGGCGAGCUGUGGGCCACACAGAGCCCCAAGGACAAGCAGCCCUACGAGGCCAAGGCUGGCAAACUCAAGGAGAAAUACGAGAAGGACAUGGCCGCCUACAGAGCCAAGGGCGGCUCAGGGAAGAGCGACGCCGGGAAGAAGAGCGGCCCCGGACGGCCCGCCCCCAAGAAGGCCGAGCCGGCCGACGAUGACGACGACGACGACGAUGAAGAGGAGGACGACGAGGAGGAGGAUGAAGAUGACGAUGAUGAGGAUGAUGACUAAAGUGUGUUAAAGGAUGUGAAGUUUGUUGAGCUUAACUCCGUUUGUUUGUGGAUGAUUCCAUCAGUAUAGCCUGCUGUCCCUGUAGGGUCUGACCUGUACUCCUCCAAUUCAGGGAUCUAGUUUUUGUUGCUUAUUCCCCGUAUGAAUUCUUAUUUUGACUGUUUUUCUGCUGAGCUGGGGUUGUUUCCAUCGUAGCCCCAGAUGUAAGUCUCCUGUGAUCAAACGUGGACUUCUGUGCAGGCGGUGGACAGCAGCAAGUAAAGUUUGUUUUGUUCUUGUUUUUUUUUUUAAAGAAAUUAUUGUUUCUGGAAGCACUGCUCAUGUUUUCUGUUGUAGUGGUGCUGCUGUUUCUUCACUGUCGUUUUACUACCAGGAUUUAUUUGUAGUUGGAUUAAAAGUGUUUGCAGCCAUUUUUAAUGUGGAACUCUGAAGACUUGUAGAACGGAUUUUCUUUUGUAAUAAAAUUUUGUAUAUUGAUUAUAAA